GGGGAUACCUACGCAAGGAUGGAAAAUUUGUCCGGGGGUAUCAGCAGACUGAAUAGUAGGAUACAGGCACUCACAGCUGGCAUGAAGAUUGCCUUCAAAGCCACGAUAGACCCAAAUCUUGCCAUUGCAAUUUCUGGAUUUUCUGAACGUUGCUUUGGUCCAUUCACUACCAAUAUGCCCAUCCCCUAUGCCAGCAUCACCUUUAAUGAUGGCAGGGGAUACAACCCUUCCUUGGGUGUCUUCACUGCCCCUCUUGCUGGCGUUUAUGUCUUUUCCCUCAAAGUCUACUCAUCUGUGGAAGAAAAUGGUCGCCUCUACCAUAAAGUGCAGCUGAUUUGGAAUGGCAGGCCAAUGUCCAAUGUGUGGGAAGACAAUCGAGAGGAUAGUGAGGACAGUGCCACUCAGAUUUUGGUAGUGGAGUUGCAGAAAGGUGAUCAGGUCUAUGUGGAGCUGAUGUCUGGGAGGAGGCUCUGUAAAAACCUGGAGUACAACAUUUUUACUGGUCACAUACUGUACCCCUACAUUAAUGAGUGAUACACGAGCCACAGAUCCGGGCCUCUUAAAUGUUCUCUCUCCAGAGCCUCAGAUGAAUUCAUUUAUCCUCACUAAACUGAGAUUAACAAACUAGUUGUCUUACUUACAUGGUGACUUAGGAGAUAUGGGUUUGUGACCUAUUGUGGGACAAGCCCUGUAGUUU